GCGGCACCUUCCCGGUCUUCGUGCUCGGUCAGCCCGUGCAGCCCGCCAUGGCCGCCGCACCCUCCCAGGUGCGCCAGAACUACCACCCCGACUGCGAGGCCGGCGUCAACCACCAGAUCAACCAGCACCUGUACGCCUCCUACGAGUAUCUCUCCAUGGCCUUCUACUUCGACCGGGAUGACGUGGCCCUGGUGAACUUCGCCCGCUACUUCCUGCGCCAGUCGCAUGACGAGAGAGAGCAGGUCCAGUUCCUGAUGGAGCUGCAGAACCAGCGCGGUGGCCGCAUCUGCCUUCACGACAUCCAGAAGCCGGACCGCGACGACUGGGAGAACGGCCUGCGAGCCAUGGAGUGCGCCUUCCAGCUGGAGAAGAGUGUCAACCAGAGCCUCCUCGACCUGUACCAGCUGGCCAGCGAGAAGGGCGACCCGCAGCUCUGCAGCUUCCUGGAGACCCACUUUCUGCACAAGCAGGUGAAGACCCUGAAGAAGCUGGGUGGCUACCUCACCGACCUGCGCAGGCUGGGGGCUCCAGACUCCAGGCUGGCUGAGUACAUCUUUGACAAGCUCACCCUGGGCGGCGGCAACAAAGAGGACUGA